AAAACUGCAAAACCCUACUGCUCUGUGCUGUACUGUGUUUGCUUCCUCAGCCGAGAGAUAGGAGACAGCACAAGAACACAAAGCAAAGCAAGGGUGAAACAGUGACAGAUAUAUCAGCACACAUGGAUGACUAUGAUUUAGAACUGGAUGAGAUGGAAUUAGUUGCAGCUGCUGCAGGCUAUUUCUAUUAUAAUCACAUCUGUAAGCAGCCUUCUGAAUCAUCAGUUAUCAGAUCUGAAUUUAUGGAUGAAGUGCUAAAUGGUAAUGAUGAUCUUUUUCGUGAAAUGUUACGGAUGGAUAAACAUGUCUUCUUUAAGUUCUGUGAAAUCCUCCGACAAAAAGAGCUGUUACGUGAUUCUGCUGGUGUUAGAAUAGAUGAGCAAUUGGCAAUAUUCUUGAACAUUAUUGGCCACAAUGAGCGUAAUAGAGUCAUCCAAGAACGCUUUCAGCACUCUGGUGAAACCAUCAGCCGACAUUUUAAUAAUGUAUUGAAGGCAAUCAAAUCACUGUCUCGUGAAUUUUUACAGCCAAGGCAGGCCACCACUCCACCAGAAAUCCUCAACAAUACUCGAUUCUACCCAUAUUUCAAGGAUUGUAUUGGAGUAAUAGAUGGCUUACACAUCCCUGCACAUGUCCUAGCCAAAGAUCAAUCUCGAUUUCGUAAUAGAAAUGGUGUUCCAUCUCAAAAUGUGUUGGUGGCUUGCACUUUUGAUCAGCAGUUUAUUUUUGUUUAUCCUGGUUGGGAGGGUUCAGCUGCAGAUUCACGUGUAUUGAGAGCUGUCCUUAAUGACCCUGAUCAGAAUUUCCCUCAAAUUCCUGAAGGUAAGUACUACCUUGUCGAUGCUGGUUACAUGAAUACGGUGGGUUUUCUUUCCCCAUAUCAAGGUGUUCGGUACCAGCUCCAUGAAUUUAGGGGUGCUAAUCAGCAACCGAGAACUGCAAAAGAGUUAUUUAAUCAUCGGCACUCUUCAUUAAGAAGUAUUAUCCAGCGAUCUUUUGAUGUGUUGAAAGAACGGUUUCCUAUCCUCAAGUUGGCUCCUCAGUAUGCAUUUCAUAUCCAAAGGGAUUUGGUUAUAGCUGCUUGUGUUAUACAUAAUCAUAUACGACGUGAAGAAAGAAAUGAUUGGUUGUUUAAUAGUGUCCGACAGAGAAUGGUGAAUGAAUCACAGGAUCCUGACCAACCCGAGAUGGAUUUUGGUGCCACGGUACAGGUACACGAUGAGUUUGCUUCUUUUCUACAGGAUUCAAUUGCAUCUACAAUGUGGAAUGAUUUCGUACAUGAAUGGGAGGAAUGGUAAUUGGGGUUGUCA